AUCUAUAAAUUGUAAACUACAUUGUCGUCCCCUAUUUUUCAUAACAUUACAAACAAAAAAACAAUUGGCUUUAUCAGUUUAAUAUUUGUUUAUAAUAAAAUAAAAUACAUUGUUUCAUGUAUAAAAUAUGACUGACAACGAUAAACUUAUUUCUUGUCCGGUUUGUAAUAGAUUGUUUGAAAAACAUUCCAUAGAAAACCAUGUAAAUAAGUGUAUUUUUUUAAAUUCUCUAUCGGAAAAUAAUACAAAAAGAGAUGGAUCUCACUUAGAAGAAAAUUCGCAAGUGAAAAAAGUUAAAGUUUUUGGAAGUUUACUGAGUAGCAUUUCAAAAUCUCAGGAUUUGCAAAGUACAACACCAGUUAAACAUCAACUAACUAUUAAAGAACAACCAACCAAAUCAUCAGCUUCAAAUGAUACAAGAAAAAUUCCAUUAGCAGAGACUAUGAGGCCAAACACUCUCGAUGAUAUUGUCGGACAAAUAGACGCAUUUGGAAAAGGCUCCAUGUUGCACUCCAUGCUCAAAAAGAAAAUAAUUCCUAACAUGAUCCUAUGGGGACCACCUGGAUGUGGAAAGACAUCUAUAGCAAAUGUUAUUGCCAAAAUUUGUGCGGAGCAAAGUAAUUUACGAUUUGUGAAAUACUCUGCAACUAUGUCUGGUAUCAAUGAUGUAAAAGAAGCUGUGAAGAUCGCCAAAAACGAAGCUCAAUUCAAAAGACAAACCGUUUUGUUUAUGGAUGAAAUACAUAGAUUCAAUAAAUUGCAACAAGAUACAUUUCUGCCGCAUGUUGAAAAUGGAACGAUUACGCUGAUUGGUGCAACUACAGAGAACCCAUCUUUCAGUUUGAAUAAUGCUCUUUUGAGUCGCUGCAAGAUUAUAGUUCUCAGCAAAUUAACAGUGGAUGAUGUAUGGCAGAUAUUAGAAAGAGCUGUGAUAAGGAAUAAUUUAGCUGUAGUUGUUGACAGUAUAGAAGAUAAGGUUAAUAAUGAAAUUGUUAAGGACAAAUACAUAAUAGAGAGGAAAUCAAUUCGUUGGCUUGCGGAGAUUUGCGAUGGAGACGCACGCAUUGCACUCGGCGCGCUGGAGCUCGUGCUCGAUGCCGGCCCCUCAUCCUCCACAACGAGCCAAAGCAACUACAUAAGUUUGGAAGAUUUGAAAAUAGGAAUUAAACGGUCGCACAUUCUCUACGACCGACGAGGCGACGAGCACUACAACAUAGUGUCGGCGAUCCAUAAGUCGAUCCGAGCCGGCGACGACAACGCCGCGCUGUACUGGACCACGCGCGCGCUGAGCUCCGGGGAGGACCCGCUGUACGUCGCGCGCCGCCUCGUGCGCGCCGCGGCCGAGGACGUCGGCUUAGGCGAUCCAAGUGCGUUAACUGAUGCAGUGGCGUGCUUGCAAGGCUGUCAGCACAUAGGCAUGCCGGAAUGCGACGUUCUGCUUGCUCAGUGCGCGGUGAGACUGGCCAGGGCCGACAAAAGCCGUGAGGUUUAUCAUGCUAUGAAAAAAGUGCAGAGAUCUCUCACCGCAACAAAGGGCCCCUUGCCGCCUGUGCCUUUGCAUCUACGUAAUGCACCUACAAGACUUAUGAAAGAUUUAGGAUAUGGUAGAGGAUAUAACACAAAAGAUCGAGAUCAUUCUGGUAUUUGUUACAUGCCAGAGGGAUUAGAAAAUGUAAAUUUUUUUAAUGAAGCUGAUGAAGAACCUAUGUAAUAAAAAAAAAAAUCUAGUGUCAAUGUUUUAUUUGGGAUAAUCUCAUUUCACAAUAUGACAUGGUAAAAAUUUACUAUUUACAAGACGCACACAUCACUGUAAUAUUACAAAUUUUACCUACAUUGUACCUUCAUAACACUGACUGGCUUUGUAUUUGCCAUAAUUUUCGGUCCUAUGUUUAUAAAAAUAAAAUAACAUUAUCUUAAUUUACAACAUUUGCCUACUGCACAUUGUGCACAAAAAUACAAUAUAAAUUUACAUUAUUCUAGUUGUGUGGGCAUGAGACUUUAGCAUUUCAGAUGCUUAUAUUCAGCUAAUAACACUGAAUUGCCCCACAUAAUUAGAAAAUGGGCAUUCAUUCAAAUGAACAAAUAGCCUCACUAUUAUAUACAAAUUAAAUUGAUACUGAACUACCAAAAUGACUAUUUAUCUUAAACUUAUUCAGCACUGUCAUUUUUGUAACAUAAAAAUAAAAAGAUUUAUACUAAGACUGUAAUUCUAGCUUAUAUUGUAAAAUCUAAAGAAUGAAUUUUUAUUACGUCUAACUUGUAGUUCAAUAAAAUGUGCCAUUACUUACGCAAAUUGAUUGCAAAAUUUGUACAAUCUUAUACUAGUUUCCACUAACACUAACUAAGCUAACACAAACAAAAUCAUUAAGAUCAGCAAGCUUGAAACAUAUAAUCUAAAAUAAAUUAGAAUCAGACUUCUAAUUAUGAUCUUAAAACUUCAGGAACAGAUUUUUUUUUUGUCUAUAAUAAUUAUCAAUGUAUAAAAUAAACAUGAAUUUUAAUCUUGGUCAAAAAUUCAUAAAAAUAAAUAAUGAUAAUAUAAAGAAAUGGAUGUAUAAUGUGGAACGUUUGCAGGUAUGAAAAAUAGUAUAUAGAA